UCUCACUCCUCUCUCUCUCUUCUUCUUUCUUCUUUCUGAUAUGUCAAAGUCUUCCGAUCCAACCAUUUCUUAUUCUUCUAUUUUUUUUCUCUAGUAAUUACAUUUUCUCAAACGACAAAACAAAAAUUGAAAAAUCUCACUUUCGUUAUCCAUUUCCAAUUUUCGACCAAGAAGAGUCUUUUCCAUGACAGUCUAGCAUGCAAAAGAUUCAUCAAUUUAACAAGUAAGCAGAGUUUCAAAAGACAAUGGUGGGUAGUAUUGUUGGCAGUAACAUGGCGGCGACUGAUGCGAGGUUUCUAAGUUCCAAUUUUGGCAAAAGUUUCAGCAUCAACACCAGAAUCCACAGAUUCCAUGAUCGCUCCCAAAUCGUAAUCCCUAGAGCUCAAUCUUCUUCUCCGUCUCCAACUCCACCCUCCGACAAAAAGAAGACCAAGACCCGACCCGGAACCACAACUACUAAGGAAAGCGAAGAGACGUCGGCGAAGAAACUCGACGUAGCUCCGCCUUCAGCUCAAUCACCACCGUCUCCGCCGACACUGAAAUUGGACGAUGUGAAUCCCGUGGGAUUAGGACGGCGAUCGCGGCAGAUCUUUGAUGAGGUGUGGCGUAAAUUCUCUGGAUUAGGUCAGAUGUCGAGGACGACCCGACCCGAUGAGCAGGAGACUCUUGACAGUCUUCUCAUUAGAGAAGGACCUAUGUGCGAGUUCGCUGUUCCUGGCGCUCAAAACGUCACCGUUUUAGUCGUCGGAGCUACUAGUAGAAUCGGCCGUAUCGUCGUCCGUAAACUCAUGCUCCGUGGCUACACCGUUAAGGCACUGGUGAGGAAACAAGAUGAGGAAGUGAUGAAUAUGUUGCCAAGGUCAGUGGAUAUUGUGGUUGGAGAUGUGGGUGAACCGUCAACGCUCAAAUCCGCAGUUGAAAGCUGCAACAAGAUCAUCUACUGCGCCACUGCUCGCUCUACUAUUACUGCAGACCUUACCCGGGUUGAUCAUUUGGGUGUAUAUAACCUCACCAAGGCUUUUCAGGAUUACAAUAACAGACUAGCUCAACUAAGAGCGGGUAAAAGCAGCAAAAGCAAGCUUCUAAUUUCUAAGUUCAAGUCGGCUGAGUCACUUGAGGGUUGGGAAAUUCGUCAAGGAACUUACUUUCAGGACACAACUGCUAGUAAAUAUGAUGGUGGAAUGGAUGCUAAGUUCGAGUUCACAGAAACUGAGAGAGCUGAAUUUUCAGGUUAUGUUUUCACCCGCGGAGGGUAUGUUGAGUUGUCGAAGAAACUUUCACUUCCACUGGGUGCCACUCUCGACAGGUAUGAAGGCUUAGUUCUUUCGGUUGGUGGGAACGGAAGAUCUUAUGUUGUAAUCCUUGAAGCUGGUCCAACAUCAGAUAUGUCUCAAAGCAAACAGUACUUCGCAAGGAUCAGUACCAAAGCAGGAUUUUGUCGGGUAAGAGUGCCAUUUUCAGCUUUUCGUCCUGUUAACCCAGAAGAUCCUCCGCUAGACCCUUUUCUCGUUCACACAUUGACAAUACGUUUUGAGCCUAAAAGACAGAGACCUGUUGAUGGACUUGCGGCUGCGCAACAAGAUCUGAGGAGCUUUAGCCUUGUAUUCGAGUACAUAAAAGCUUUGCCUGCCGGUCAAGAAACCGAUUUUAUUUUGGUAUCAUGUACUGGUUCGGGAGUAGAACCCAACAGAAGGGAGCAAGUCCUCAAAGCUAAGAGGGCUGGUGAAGAUUCUUUGAGAAGAUCAGGCCUUGGAUACACCAUUAUUCGUCCUGGUCCCUUGAAGGAAGAACCAGGCGGCCAACGAGCUCUGAUAUUUGAUCAAGGAAACAGAAUUUCUCAGAGUAUUAGUUGCGCGGAUGUGGCUGAUAUAUGUGUCAAGGCACUACAUGAUUCAACAGCGAGAAACAAAAGCUUCGAUGUUUGCCAUGAAUACGUUGCUGAGCAAGGAUUAGAGCUUUAUGAGCUGGUGGCUCAUUUGCCAGACAAGGCCAACAAUUAUCUGACUCCGGCUCUAUCUGUACUUGAGAAGAACACAUGAAAAGAAGAAUCAUUGAUUUCAUUUUGUCUAUUGUAUUCAUCUCAAGCUCCGAUAAGCGUUACAUACAUAUAUACAUACGUACAUGCAUAACUUGUACAUACAAGAAUCUCUUUUGUCCAUUGAUUUCUUAUAUUCAA